AUGAGCUUGAAAGAAGUAUUCGAACAACAUCCAUGGAGGUCAUUUAAGAAGUUCAAUGAAGCUGCAAAGAGUUGGGGAUUUACUAACAGAGCUGAAGUGAAAAGGUUCUUUGACAAAAAUGUUGUACAUCAAACAAAAAUAAACCCUUACGACUACUUUUUACCAAUUUACUCCAACACUCCUGACGCAUACCAAUUUGACACUCUCAUUCAAAGCAGAAAAGGAGGACAUAAACCAUUCCUCAUCUUCAUUAAUGUUAACACUCGUAAAGCAUAUGCAUAUCCAAUGAAAAAUAAAGGAACUCGUGAAGUGUUAAGAGUUUUACAAAAGUUUGUAGCAGAACAUAGCCCAAGUACUUUAACAUCAGACCAAGACAGUGCAUACCUCAGCAAUGAAAUCACAGAUUUUCUCAUUAAGCAUAACAUAACUCACUACACUACUGAAGACCAUAACCAUAACAUACUCGGCAUCAUAAACCGCUUCAUA